CCGCGCCUCCGCCCCCGAGCUCCCAGGCAGGCGGAGUUGCGGGUGAGGGGCGGGAUAUUUUGGUGGGCGGGGGUCCCGGUGACGGCAUCCGAGCGCGCCGCGCUGGGGCUCAGAGCCUGGCUGCCCCGCGGGGGGACUACGCUUACCCCCUAGCAGGGCUGGGAGCAGCCCUCCCUCAACAUGGGGCUGGAGGCCCAGAGGCUGCCAGGGGCCGAGGAGGCCCCAGUGAGGGUGGCCCUUCGAGUCCGCCCGCUGCUGCCUAAGGAGCUGCUGCACGGGCACCAAAGCUGCCUGAGGGUGGAGCCGGGGCAUGGCCAAGUCACCUUGGGCCGGGACCGCCACUUUGGCUUCCACGCAGUGCUGGACGAGGACGCCGGGCAGGAGGCUGUGUACCAGGCCUGCGUGCAGCCCCUCCUCGAGGCUUUCUUUGAAGGCUUCAAUGCCACCGUCUUUGCGUAUGGUCAGACAGGCUCUGGGAAGACGUACACCAUGGGGGAGGCCAGUGUGGCCUCCCUUCAUGAGGACGAGCAGGGCAUCAUCCCACGGGCCAUGGCUGAGGCCUUCAAGCUGAUUGAUGAGAAUGACCUGCUUGAUUGUCUGGUGCACGUCUCCUACCUGGAAGUGUACAAGGAGGAGUUCCGAGACCUGCUGGAGGUGGGCACCGCCAGCCGUGACAUCCAACUUCGGGAAGAUGAUCGAGGGAAUGUUGUGCUCUGUGGGGUGAAGGAGGUGGACGUGGAGGGCCUGGAUGAGGUGCUGAGCCUCCUGGAGAUGGGCAACGCAGCGCGGCACACGGGGGCCACACACCUCAACCGCCUCUCCAGCCGCUCACACACGGUCUUCACUGUGACCCUGGAGCAGCGAGGGCGCGCCCCCAGCCGCCUGCCCCGACCCGCUGCGGGCCAGCUGCUCAUCUCCAAGUUCCACUUCGUGGACUUGGCAGGCUCGGAGAGGGUGCUCAAGACAGGCAGCACAGGCGAGCGUCUCAAGGAGAGCAUUCAGAUCAACAGCAGCCUCUUGGCACUGGGCAACGUCAUCAGCGCCCUGGGUGACCCCCAGCGCCGCGGCAGCCACAUCCCCUACCGGGACUCCAAGAUCACCCGGAUCCUCAAAGACUCGCUGGGCGGGAACGCCAAGACAGUGAUGAUCGCCUGCGUCAGCCCUUCCUCCUCGGACUUCGACGAGACGCUCAACACUCUUAACUACGCCAGCCGCGCCCAGAACAUCCGCAACCGCGCCACUGUCAACUGGCGGCCCGAGGCCGAGCGGGCGCCAGAGGAGGCAGCCGUUGGUGCGCGGGGGCCGCCCAGGCACCGAUCGGAGACUCGCAUCAUCCACCGCGGCCGGCGCGCCCCGGGCCCCGCCUCCGCCGCGGCCGCUGCCCGCCUGGGCGCCGAGUGCGCGCGCUACCGGGCCCGCACCGACGCCGCCUACAGCCUUCUGCGCGAGCUGCAGGCAGAGCCCGGGCUGCCUGGCGCCGCCGCCCGGAAGGUGCGCGACUGGCUGUGCGCCGUCGAGGGCGAGCGCAGCGCCCUGAGCUCCGCCUCUGGGCCCGACAGCGGCAUCGAGAGCGCCUCCGCCGAGGAGCAGAACACGCAGGGGCCCGGCGGCCGAAAGGUGGCCAAGGGCCAGGAAGAUGAGGGGGCGCUGCAGCUGCUGGCCUUGCAGAGCCAGGUGGCUCGACUGGAGGAGGAGAACCGAGACUUUCUGGCUGCGCUGGAGGAUGCCAUGGAGCAGUACAAACUGCAGAGCGACCGGCUUCGUGAGCAGCAGGAGGAGAUGGAAGAGCUGCGGCUGCGGCUGGAGCUGGUGCGGCCUGGCUGGGGGGCCCCAGGGCUCUUGCAGGGCUUGGCUCCUGGGUCCUUUGUGCCCCGGCCUCAUACAGCCCCCCUGGGGGGUGUCCACACCCAUGUGUUGGGUGUGGUGCCCCCUGCCUGCAUUCCUAGUGAUGAAGUUGGCCAUGAGAAUUGGGGAAAGCAGGUGACAAAUGGCAGGGAGGCUGGAGCCGAGUUGGUGGCAGAGGGAGACAGGCUGGGAAGUGGCUCUUCAGCUGCGUCAGAGGAAGAGGAGGAAGAGGAGGGGGAGGAGGAGGAGCUGCCCCGGAAUCCACGCAGGAAUGGGAUCAGUAAGUGGAACCAGAGGAUGGGGGCCCACCCAGGGAGUCCUCUCAGCAGGAAGGGCCCAGAGCUUCACCUGGAGGAGCUGGGUGCAGCCAUCCCGGGGCCCAGAGUGGUUGGUGGGAGCAAGGUCCCAGCUCAGCCCUGCCAGGCCCCCGCUGCCAUGGCCUCUGAGUGGCAGCUGGCCCGAGCCCAGCAGAAGAUCCGUGAGUUGGCCAUCAACAUCCGCAUGAAGGAAGAGCUCAUCGGCGAGUUGGUCCGCACAGGGAAGGCAGCCCAGGCCCUGAACCGCCAGCACAGCGAGCGCAUCCGGGAGCUGGAGCAGGAGGCAGAGCGGGUGCGGGCCGAGCUGAGUGAAGGCCAGAAGCAGCUGCGGGAGCUCGAGGGCAAGGAGCCCCAGGACGCCUGUGAGCGUUCGCAGCUGCAGGAGUUCCGCAAGAGGGUUGCUGCCGCUCAGAGCCAAGUGCAGGUGCUGAAGGAGAAGAAGCAGGCGACGGAGCGGCUGGCGUCGCUGUCGGCCCAGAGCGAGAAGCGGCUGCAGGAGCUGGAGAGGAACGUGCAGCUCAUGCGGCAGCAGCAGGGGCAGCUGCAGAGGCGGCUUCGCGAGGAGACAGAGCAGAAGCGGCGCCUGGAGACAGAGAUGAACAAGCGGCAGCACCGUGUCAAGGAGCUGGAGCUGAAGCACGAGCAGCAGCAAAAGAUCCUGAAGAUCAAGACGGAAGAGAUCGCGGCGUUUCAGAGGAAGCGGCGCAGCGGCAGCAAUGGCUCUGUGGUCAGCCUGGAGCAGCAGCAGAAGAUUGAGGAGCAGAAGAAGUGGCUGGACCAGGAGAUGGAGAAGGUCCUACAGCAGCGACGGGCACUGGAGGAGCUGGGGGAGGAGCUCCGCAAGCGGGAGGCCAUCCUGGCCAAGAAGGAGGCCCUGAUGCAGGAGAAGACGGGGCUGGAGAGCAAGCGCCUGCGGUCCAGCCAGGCCCUCAGUGAGGACAUUGUGCGCGUGUCCAGCCGGCUGGAGCACCUGGAGAAGGAGCUCUCUGAGAAGAGUGGGCAGCUGCGGCAGGGAAGCGCCCAGAGCCAGCAGCAGAUCCGCGGGGAGAUCGACGCCCUGCGCCAGGAGAAGGACACGCUGCUGAAGCAGCGGCUGGAGAUCGACAGCAAGCUGAGGCAAGGCAGCCUGCUGUCGGCCGAGGAGGAGCGGACACUGUUCCAGCUGGACGAGGCCAUCGAGGCCCUGGACGCUGCCAUUGAGUACAAGAAUGAGGCCAUCACGUGCCGCCAGCGGGUGCUGCGGGCCUCGGCCUCCUUGCUGUCCCAGUGCGAGAUGAACCUCAUGGCCAAGCUCAGCUACCUCUCGUCCUCGGAGACGAGAGCCCUACUCUGCAAGUACUUCGACAAGGUGGUGACGCUCCGAGAGGAGCAGCACCAGCAGCAGAUUGCCUUCUCGGAGCUGGAGCUGCAGCUGGAGGAGCAGCAGAGGCUGGUCUACUGGCUGGAGGUGGCCCUAGAGCGGCAGCGCCUGGAGAUGGACCGCCAGCUGACCCUGCAGCAAAAGGAACACGAGCAGAACAUCCAGCUCCUCCUCCAGCAGAGUCGAGACCACCUUGGGGAAGGGUUAGCAGACAGCAAGAGACAAUAUGAGACCAGAAUUCAAGCUCUGGAGAAGGAGCUGGGCCGCCACAUGUGGAUAAACCAGGAACUGAAACAGAAGCUCAGUAGUUUGAAUGCUGCCGGCCAGAGCAGGGUGACAGGUGGGGAGAAGAGGACCCUGUGCCUGGAGAACAGACAAGCCCCUGGAAGUGAAGACGAGCCCCACCCAGCGCCUGAGCCUCUUUGGCAGCCCCCUGUCGCAGAGUGUGCCCCCCGUGCCCGUGAGGAGAUGCGGGACUUGGUCCAUGCCCCGUUACCAUUGACAUGGAAACGCUCGAGCCUAUGCAGCGAGGAGCAGGGCUCCCCGGAGGAGCUACGGCAGCGGGAAGCCACUGAGCCCCUGGUGGGGCGGGUGCUACCUGUGGGUGAGGUGGAGUCGAGGGGAAUCCUGAUUAAAAUAGCCAGUCCUUUCUCAGACUGAACAUAUGGAAACACAGGGGUAUAUAACCUCUGCGGGGAAACAGCUGGCUCUACACACACCACCUACCACUCGUGCUGCUGUCCCCAGAUCCCAGUGACCACAGAAAAGCAGACCAGGAUCAGAAGACCUUGAAGAACAGCAAGUAUGAGGAUUAUUCAACAUCGCUCAUAAAUAACACAUAUCAAAGAGCUACAGGUUCUCCCCUCACAAGGUAACAAAGACCACAAGUGGUCUCUGACACCACUGUUGGCAAGCAUUCUCAUAUACUACUGUCAAGAGUGAAAUGGUAAGAACAUUUUUUGGGGGAAAGCAAUUUGACAACAUCAAAGUUAAAAAUAUGUAUACUUUCUGACCCAAAAAUUUCACUUCUUACAAUUCAUCCUGUAGAUAAAUGUGCACCAGUGUGUAAAAUCUGCACACAAAUAAUGUCCAGAUGGAGCCUUGACAAGGAAGAGUAGAUGCACUUCUCCCCAUUCUUCCUAUUAUGUACAGCUAAGAACCCUGGAUAUUACAUAUAAAGCAAGUGUAAGACUCUCAAAGGUGGAGAGAAGAGGCUUGAGACCUCAGGAGGAGAGACAGGGCGGUAAGCUCCUGGAGUUUCCUUUUUGCGUCAUAGAUCCUGGAUUGGGUGCUAGACAAGCUGACAACCCCAAUACACCAAGAGGUGCAGACGAAAACUGCCCUAAGGAAAACUAGCUCUCUUUAGCCAAAGAACCAGGAAAGGGGCAGCCAAACAAGACAAACUUUCAGACAAGAACUGCCCUACUCCAACCAAAUCCCAUGGAAAACUGUGGUCCUACCACACCCCUGUCUGAACAGGCCAAUCUGGGAUCCCAGACUUCCAGCCUUGCCUGGCAGCGAGACUCCCUCCUUCCCCAGGUUGACACAUGAAUAGAUUUUUAAAUUAGGCAAUACGCAUUCAAUGGAAUACUACUCAGCAAUAAAAUGGAAUGAACUACUGAUAUAUGCAACAACAUGGAUAAAUCUCAAAAUAAUGAUGCCAAGUGAAAGAGGCCAGACACAGACUACAUGCUGUAUGGUUCUCCAGCCCUCAUAAAAUUUACAGAAUGCUCUUUGGUUACAGCAACACAGUUGAGACUAGUUCCACAAAGGUCAUGAGUAGGUAAACAUGGCCCAUAAGAUUAGGAGGGCUGUGUGGGUGUAUGAAGAAGCUAGAUAAGGAUGUCACUCACCUGCCCUUGAUUUGUCUAUGAAGCAGCCUUCUGGAGAUUUGCUUAUGUACUGGAGUCUCAGCCACACUCUUAGUCAGCAGCUUGCGAUAACCUAAAAUGUAAACAGGAUAAAUUUCACAUAAUCUUAUCAAGAAGGAACAGUUAGGGAAAGGGAGCAGUUUGAACUUAAAUAUGGUUUAACACUUAGCUGGAGUAGCUCUUAAAUGGUCUUUUGGAUGAAGGUCUAACCAUAAGACUCAAUUUAACAUGAUAUAACAAUCUGUCAGCACUAUUAGAGUUUAAUAAUAAAUAAGCCAACGUAAAAUAUUAAAAUUUUAAAAUAAUAACCCUGAAAAAGUGAAAAGUUCUCAUUUAUUAGAGCUAACACAUAUGUCCACCUACUUGGUCUUUCUUGUAUUAAACUGAAAUAAAGCAUGUGAAAAUGCUAAUGUGUCAUGCAAUAUUAAGAUAUUUAAUAUAAAGAUAAAUCUAACUUAUGCUCUGGCAUAAAUUUUCUCAAUAGAGUAGGUAGACAAGCUGCUCAUGGGAGGACUGGUUUUAAGGGAGAUAAAAAUGACUAGAAAGAGGAGUGAUGUCAGCAGUAAUGUGGAGUAAGGACCUCUGAAAAAACUUUCUUCCAUAAAAAGGAAUAAGAACACUGGCAAAAAUUCAGAAUUAAUUUUUCCAGAACUCUGGAAAUUAACCAGUUUACAACAAUCCAGGGAGUAGUUAGUCAACAAAAACAGCUGAAUCUCAUUAAGAAUAGCAAGCUUUGUGGAACUUUAACUUGUUCCAGUCCCAACCUCCUCUCACCAGCCCUGUGGUAGCCUUGAGAACCAACAGCCCAGGAGUCUCUGGAUGAAACAGUAUGAGAUCCAAGCUCCUCCAAAGUCCCAUUCCCAGAUAACUGUCUAUUUGGCCUGUCUGGCGGUUCCCUGGAAAAUCCCACUCACAAGGCCUGUCUCUAUUUGACUUGACUCAGAACUCACCCAAUGCAAACAAUUUUUUCCCAGGGAGCGUUUACGGAAAACAAUCAGCAGCAACUGUAAACAUCACAGCUGCUUGAGGUAGUGAUAACACUUGGGGCAAACAACAAGCUGACCCAAAGUUGAGAUGUGAAAACUGGGGAAUGAGAUGUCCAUAAGGGACUCUGCUAACUGCUGACACAUUCCUGGGAACCUAAAAGUCCAUGGGCAGUAGGGCUGUGUGCAUGCCCAGGACAGACCCAAGAAGGCCCUUAGCUGUCACCUUUGGCUGACCUUGAGGCUCUGGAAAACAGAAAGAGUUGUAAAAUGUCUGGCUGAGUUUGAAGACAUGAGCCAAUGCACACAUAGGCACCCUCAGCAAGGGCUGGGAAACUUACUGGUUCCAGGCAUGUAGGGAAAUCUCUGUCCAACCCUUAGUUGACCACUAAGCCAAUCAAGCAGAGACUUCAGUGGCUACACAUGACAGAAUACAGACUUGAAAGAAUCAGUUCAGGAAAGUAAACAAACAAAAGCAAUAAUAGUAACAACAAACCCUGCCCUGACGCAGUGGCAAUCUGAUUGUCAGAGCUGACUCAUUAUAUUAUUUAAAAUGUCCAGCUGUCAACAAAAAAUGUGAGAUAAGAAACAAGAAAGUAUGGCCCAUACACAGGGGGAAAAAGAAUCAUUCAAUAGAAAGCAUCCCUGAAGAAGUCCAGACAUUGGAUUCAUUAGCCCCAGACUUUAAAUUAGCUCUCUAAAAUAUGUUCAAAGAAAACAAAAUCAUAUUUAAAGAACUAAAGGAAUGUAUUUGUGAGACUGAUGACUUGCCAAAUAGAGAGUAUCAAUAAAGAGAGAAAUCAUUAAAAAAAAGAACCAAAUAGAAAUUCUAAAGUUGAAAAGUAAAUUAUCUAAAAUGAAAAACCAUUAGAGGGUCCAGCAGUUGAUAUGAGGUGGCAGAAGCAAGAAUCAACAAAUUUGAAGACAGGUAAUUGAGAUUAUCCAGUCUGAGGGAUAAAAAGAAAAAAGAAGAAAAAUGAACAGUCUCAGACACCUGUGGGACACAAUUAAGAAUAACAACACAGACAUACUGGGAGUCCCAGAGGAAGAGGAGAGAAAGAGGCAGAAAAAAUAUUUGAAGAAAUAUUGGCUGAAAAUUUCUGAUGUUUGAUGAAAGACAUCACCAAGAAGCUCCAUAAACCUAAGUAGGAUCAAGUCGAAGAGAUCCACACCAGACAAAUCAUAAUCAAACUGUCAGAAGUCAAAGGGGAAGACAGAAUCUUGAAAGAAUCAAGAAAGCAGCCAUCCGCCAUGUACAACAGAUCCUCAAUAAGAUUAACUGCUGAUUUCUCAUCAGAAACAUAGGAUGUCAAAAAGGCACAGUGAUAAAAAAAAAAAAAAAAAGGCACAGUGAUGAAAGGCUAAGGGCUAAAAGAAAAAGAAUUCUAUAUCCUGUAAAACUACUACCCAAACAUGAAGCAGAAAUUAGCACAUUCUUUCCACCCCCAAAGAAACACCCAAAAAAUAACACUGAAUCUGACACUAGCAGACCAGCCCCAAAAGUAGUAUCAAUACUACAGGGAGUCUUCCAGGAUGAAAGGAAAGGGCACUAGAGAGUAACAUGAAUCCAACUGAAGAAUUAAAGGGCACUGGUAAAGGUAACUAUACAAGUAAAUGCAAAGGACAGAAUAAAAGUAUUUGUAACUCUCUUCUCUUUUGAGUUGAAAAAUAAAGCAAUAAUUUGGGACUUCCCUGCUGGUCCAGUGGUAAAGAAUCCGCCUUCUAAUGCAGGGGAUGCGGGUUUGAUCCCUGCUCAGGGAACUAAGAUCCCACAUGCUGUGGGGCAACUAAGCCUGCGCGCCACAACUACUGAGUUUGAACACCUCAACGAGAGAGCCUGCAUGCCACAGCUAGAGAAGAGAAAAAACCUGCGUGCCACAACUAGAGAGAAGCCCGUGUGCUGCAACAAAAGAUCCCAUGUGCCUCAAUGAAGAUCUCACGUGCUGCAACUAAGACCCGACGCAGCCAAAAAUAAAUUAAAAAACAAGACAAAACAAAAACAGAUAAAGCAGCCCAAGAGAGCAGAAACCAAGGCAAAUGCGUGCACCAGCCUCACAGGACUCCACUCUCCAAAGCACACUGACUGAACAUAUAACCCCAAAUUCAGAAGACAGGGUCCCCAUUGUCUGCCCUACCACUAGGCAGCUGCUCCUAGAAUGUGUGCCACUGUCUAUGUUAAUGAUUAUAAACAUAAAUGUUUAUGAUUAUAUAAUCAUUUAAUGUUUAUGAUUAUAUAAUCACAUGUUAAUAAUUUAUGAUUAUAAACAUAAAUGUUUAUGAUUAUAAAUGUGCUGAUGGGCAUACAGUGUAUAAAGAUGUAAUGUGUAUGACAAUAUAGCACAAAGAAGGGGGUAGAAAACAGAAUUACACAGGAGCAAAGUUUUUGUAUACUCCUGAAAUUAGGUUGGUAUUAACCUCAACUAGAUAAAUUAAGAUAUUAAUUAUAACCCCUAGGGAAAGUGACACCACACAAAACAGUAAAGUAGGAAGCUCUAGGGUUUGAUCCCUCCCCUAGAACAACUAGUAAACUGGGAAAAAAAAAGAUCAGAGUAAACUAUUUUGGAACGCUGGAACCCGACUGGCACUUAUGACAACCAGGGAAGUGCCUGAUGAAGGGAGAGGCUGAUAUUUAGUAACGAAAUGACAUGCAUGAACCAGCUACCAGCCUCCUUUCCUCAGCCUCACUGCUGCUGUGGCAACAGUGGCCCACAUUCUAGGAGCAGCUGGCUGGUGGUAGGACAGACAGUGGGGACCCUGUCUGCUGAAUUUGGGGUUAUACAGUUGAGUCAGUGUGCUUUGGAGAGUGGAGUCCUGUGGGGCUAGCACACACACUUGCCUUGAUUUUUGCUCUCUGGGGCUGCAACAGCUUUCCCCCACUGCAUCUAAAGAAGACUUAAAGGGACAGGAACACCUUUUUGUUUUUCCCUUUUUGAAGCCAGACAUUUAAGGGAAUCUUUGUUAGGUCAGAGAUAACAGAACUGAAAAUUCAGUGACCACACAAGAAGGGAAUACACGCUUUGUGAAAAUAGUUUGGAAAAGGUACAAAUGGACAGGCUCUCAAUAAGUAAAGAUCAGCAAUUCCUCAGGCGUGAAGAAUCUGAUCUCCAGAGUUAAAGAACUAUAAUAUUCAGAAUAUCCAAUUCUCAACAAAGAAUUACAAAGCCUACAAAGAAACAGGAAAGUGUGUCCAGGAAAAGGAGAAUUUGACAGAAACCACCCUUGAGAAAUCCCAGACAUUGGAAUCACUGGUCAAAGAUGUUAAAUCAAAUAUUCUAAAUAUGCUCAAUGAGCUCAAGGAAAAAAAUGAACAAAGAACUAAAGGAAAUAAGGAAAACAAUGGAUAAACAAAAUGAGAAUAUCAAUAAAGUGACAGAAAUUAUAAAAAGGAACCAAACAAAAUUUAGACUCGAAAAGUACAGUAACUGAAAAGUUCACUAGAGGUGAACCCCUCAGAUUUGAGCAAAUAGAAGAAUCAAUAAACUUGAAGAUAACACAAUCAAAAUUAUCCAAUCCGACCAGAAAGAAAAAAAGGAUGAAGAAAAAUGAACGAAACUUGAGGGACCUGUGGGACACCAUCAAGCAUAACAAUAUACAAAUACUGGGAGUCCUAGAAGAGAGAAAAGGGCAGAAGAAAAUUUGAAGAAAUAAUGGUUAUAAACUUACUAAAUAUGAUGGAACUAUAUAGGAACAGAGUACAUACUAUUGAAACUAAGUUCAUAUUAUUUAAUAGAUUUUAAAUUUAAGAUGUUAAUUAUAAUUUCCGAGGUAAACAGUAAGAAAAUAAUUAGAGGACUUCCCUGCGGCACAGUGGUUAGGAAUCUGCCUGCCAGUGCAAGGGACACGGUUUGAUCCCUGGUCCAAGAAGAUCCCACAUGCCAUGGAGCAACUAAGCCCAUGUGCCACAACUACUGAGCCUGUGCUCUACAGCCUGUGAGCCACAAUUAUUGAGCCCAUGUGUGUGGGAAAACAUUCAGAAGUCUUUCUGAAACCUUGAAAAUGUUACUAAAAGUAAUUAAAGUAUGUAGGCUGAGCAACUGGGUGCAGGAUGUCCUGCUUGAGCAGUGGAGAAACUAAGGGUGCUGGGCGUGGAGGCCAUGGGGGCAUAGGCUACCAUGGAAACAGAAAAUUGACCCUCUCUGGGGGCGCAGCCCCUUCCUCACUUGCACACCUCAUAUCACCCUGUUUGGCCCCGGAGGAUGGCUGGUUAGCCCGAGACAGGUAAGAUUCCUCAGGGGAGGAACAACCUAAGACAGGCACAGUCGCAGAGGGGCCAACAGGGGUGGGGCACAGACCCUUACUCCUUCUGAGAGAGGUCUCCUGACCCCAGGGCUGCUUUGCUUCCCACGCCCAGCUCAGAUCGGGACACAGGAGGCAAACAAAGAUCACUGCCCCCAAUCAUGUGAGGCCUUUGUUUACUUCAAAGAUAACCUUGAUUGUGGGAGGAAACUGGGAGUGUGAGAACCUCAGGCUAUCUUGCUUCUGGAAUGCCGAGAGCUCAAUAAAAGCAACGUGGGAUGAAUCAGCGGGGCUCUUAAUCCUAGAGGGCUUGAGUCCCCCGGUCCCAUCUGUCUCUUAAAUCUGUGUCUUGUGUUUCUUUAAGCUUGCAGCACCCAUCAUUCGCCCCAAGUCGCCGAGCUGGUCUCGGCACAUGUGCCACAACUACUGAGGCCCAUGCACCUAGAGCCUGUGCUCCACAACAAGAGAAGCCACUGCAAUGAGAAGCCUGUGCGCCACAACAGAGUAGCCCCCACUCACUGCAACUAAAGAAAGCCCACACGCAACAAUGAAGACCCAAUGCAGCCAAUAAAUAAAUUAAAAAAAUUAGAAAAUACACAGGAAAAAAAGAUGAAGGGAAUCAAAAUGGUACACUACCAAAAAAAAACCCCAAUACAAAACAACAGCUAAAUACAAAAAUGGCAGUACCAAAGAAAUGGAAGAACAAGAGAGGUAUAAGAUAUAUAAAAAAUAAGUAGAAAAUGGCAGAAGUCCUUCCUUAUCAGUAACUACGUUAAAUGUAAAUGGAUCAAGUGCUCCAAUUAAAAAAGGCAGAAAUUGGCAGAAUGGAUUUUUAAAAACAUGAUCCAAAUAUAUGCUUUCUGUAAGCUCACUUUAGAUACAAAGACACAAAGAGGUUGAAAGUAAAAGGAUAGAAAAAGGUAUUUUAUGCAAAAGAGAGCUGGCAUGGCUAUAUUACUCUCAAACAAAUUAGAUUUUAAGCCAAAAAAGGUUACAAAAGACAAAGUACAUUAUAUAUUGAUUAAAAAGUUCAAUCCAUUAAGUAACACAAUUAUAAACAUAUACACACAACUAACAACAGGGCCCCAAACUCUAUGAAGCAAAAAACUGACAGGAAUGAAGGAAAAAAAAUAGGUAGGACAACAAUAAUAGUUGGAGACUUUAAUACCCUGCUUUCAAUGAUAGGCAGAACAUCUAUAUGGAAGAUCAACAAAGAAACAGAAGACUUGAAUAACACCAUAAACCAACUAGACAUAACAGAUAUCCAUAGGACAUUCUACCCAAGAGCAGAAUACACAUGCUUCUCAAGCACACACAGACCAUUCACCAGAACAUUCCAAAUGUUAGGCCAUAAAACAAGUCCAAAAAAAUUAAAAAGACUAAAAUCAUACAAAGUAUGUUCUUCAACUACAAUGGAAUGAAAUUAGAAAUUAAUGACAGAAGAAAAUUUGGGAAAUUCACAAAUAUGUGAAAAUUUACACACUCCUAAAUAGCCAAAGGAUCAAAGAAAAAAAUCACAAGGGAAAUUAGAAAAUAUUUUGAGAUGAUGAAAUUGAAAACACAACAUACCAAAACUUACAGGAUACAGCUAAAGCAGCGCUUAGAGGAGAAUUUGUACCUGUAAAUAACUGAACUGAAAAGGAAGCCUGGGGAAUUCCCUGGCAGUCCAGUAAUAAAUAAAGACCCCUUGCUUCCUAUUGCAGAGGACACAGGUUCGAUCCCAUGGGAAUGUAAAUUGGUACAUUUACAUUGGCACAUAAACCAUUAUGGAGGGGCUUCCCUGGUGGCAUAGUGGUUAAGAAACCGCCUGCCAAUGCAGGGGACCUGGGUUCGAGCCCUGGUCUGGAAAGAUCCCACAUGCCACGGAGCAGCUAAGCCGGUGUGCCACAACUACUGAGCCUGUGCUCUAGAGCCUGCAAGCCACAACUACUGAAGCCCGCACACCUACAGCCCAUGUUCCACAAGAGAAGCCACUGCAAUGAGAAGCCCACAUACCACAACGAAAUGAAGAGUAGCCCCCGCUCACCACAACUAGAGAAAGCCCAAGUGCAGCAACGAAGACCUAACAAAGCCAAAAUAAAUAAAUAAAUAAUAAAUCUUUAAAAAAAGAAUCCUAAAACAGAACAAAAACCACUAUGGGAGACAGUAUGGAGGUUCCUUUUAAAACUAAAAAUAGAACUACCAUAUAAUCCAGCAAUCCCACUCCUAAGCAUAUAUCCAGAGAAAACCAUAAUUCGAGAAGAAACAGGUACCCCAAUGUUCACUGUAGCACUAUUUACAAUAGCAAAGACAUGGAGGCAACAUAAAUGUCCAUCGACAGAUGAAUGGAUAAAGAAGAUGUGGCACGUAAAUACAAUGGAAUAUCAUUCAGUUAAAAAAAGAAUGAACGGGGAUAUGUGUAUAAAAACAGAUGAUUGAACCUGGUGUACCCCCAAAAAAAUAAAAAAAAUAAAUAAAAAAAGAAAAGAAUAAAAUAAUACUAUUUGUAGCAACAUGGAUGGACCUAGAGAUUAUCAUACUAAGUGAAGUCAGACAGAGAAAGAAAUAUAUACGAUAUCACUCAUGUGUGGAAUCUAAAAAAAAAAAAAAAAUGAUACAAUACAAAUGAACUUAUUUACAAAACAGAAACAGACUCACAAACUUUGAAAACAAACUUAUGGUUACCACAGGGGGAAGGGGGCAGGCAGAAUAAAUUAGCUGUUUGGGAUUAACAUAUAUACAUCACUAUAUUCUAUAAUAAUCUAUAUAGGAAAAGAAUCUGAAAAAGAAUGGAUAUAUGUAUAUAUAUAACUGAAUCACUUUGCUCUACACCUGAAACUAACACAAUGUUGUAAAUCAUCUAUACUCCAAUAUAAAAUAAAAAUUAAAUUAAAAAAAGGGCAGUGGUGAUAAACUGUUCAAUGAGUGAUGUCAAAAAAAAAAAGGCGUGUAUUUUUAAAAAUAAAAUCUUUUUUUAGUAAAUGUAGUGUCUAAUUUAAUUUUUAAACUUUUUUUGACAUACAA